AUGGUGAAAGCCAUGUUCUCGGACCUGAGGCAAAAGCUUCAUGGAAUCACAUAUACAGAAAAUGCCCGUCGAGCAGGGGGGACUUCUCAGAAACCUAAAUCUUGUAGCAAGCAUUGGUCCACACCAAAGGGAGAUGAGGAGAAAAGGGGCCACCAAGAGCAAAUCAGCAGCGCGGCAGUAGCAGCUUCUUCUCAGACUGAGAAUCUACCUUUUCACUUUGGGAGCUGGGAUUGCAUUAAAUCUGUACAAUGCUUUUGGGUUGUAUUGACAUUUAAUGAUGUUUCAUCUUCUCAAUCCAUGAGCAAGGCCCGUUUAUCUUCUGCAACUACAAUCCGACCCCAAUCGCGGUCCUUCGCCACAGCCUGCUGUACGGAGGGGCAGGUUCGGGCUAGUCUGGGGCGGGGACUCGGGAGGCCUGAUGAGGGCGGGGACGCAGAUCAAGUUUUAAAGGCCCGGAACUCUCCCUGCGGCACUUCAACACCUGCCUGGCGGCGCGGUGCUGUUGGAAGAACUUCGCAGAACUCGAGUCCCUUCGCUCAACGCCCACCGGAGGCAGCAAGAGCCUGGCUCUUGUCCGGGUCGCUCAACCGCGUGCAGCUGUGGCUAGUCGGGGAGCGCGGGGAGGCGGAGCUGGCGCUGCAGCUGCGGCCAGUGCGGGGCCAGGAGGAGGAGUUUGACCUAGAGGUGCCUGAAGACCUAGGGCCACUGCAGUUUGUGAAGCUGUGUAAACACCACUCCCUGGUGGAUGAUGCUUGGUUCUGUGACAACAUCACUGUGCUGGGUCCCGAAGCCAAUGCAGAGGCUGCCUUCCCAUGCUACCGCUGGGUGCAGGGCGAGGGUGUGCUGACCUUGCCAGAGGGCACUGCUCGCCUGGCAGAAAACAAUACAUUGGAUGUGUUCCAGAAGCAUCGAGAGAAGGAACUGAAGGAAAGACAACAGACAUACUGCUGGACAACCUGGAAGGAAGGGUUACCUCUGACAAUAACUGCAUAUUCUAAGGAUGAUCUACCUCCAAAUGUGAGAUUCCAUGAGGACAAGAGGCUAGACUUUGAAUGGACACUGAAAGCAGGGGCGCUGGAGGCUAUCCUCAAGCGUGUUUACACCUUCCCGAGUUCCUGGGAUCAUCUUGAGGAUUUUGAUCAGAUCUUCUGGAGUCAGAAAAGUGCUUUGGCUGAGAAGGUUCAUCAGUGCUGGCAAGAAGAUGAGCUUUUUGGCUACCAGUUUCUCAAUGGUGCCAACCCCAUGCUAUUAAGACGCUCUACUUCUCUGCCCUCCCGUCUGGUACUGCCUGCAGGGAUGGAAGAGCUUCAGACUCAACUGGAGAAAGAACUUCAGAAUGGCUCCCUGUUUGAAGCUGACUUCAUCCUGUUGGAUGGAAUUCCAGCUAAUGUGAUACGAGGAGAGAAGCAAUAUCUGGCUGCACCCCUCGUCAUGUUGAAGAUGGAUCAUAAUGGGAAGUUACUGCCCCUAGUGAUCCAGAUCCAAAGUCCCAGCCCCAGCCUUCCUUCGCCACCAUUGUUCCUGCCCACAGAUCCUCCACUUGCUUGGCUCCUGGCAAAGUCCUGGGUCCGAAAUUCAGAUUUUCAUCUCUACCAGCUCCAAUAUCAUUUGCUGAACACUCAUCUGAUAGCUGAAGUCAUCGCAAUUGCCACAAUGAGGUGCCUCCCAGGGCUGCACCCUAUCUUCAAGCUCCUGAUCCCACAUAUACGAUACACCAUGGAAAUCAAUGCCCGGGCACGUACAGAACUCAUCUCAGAUGGAGGUGUAUUUGAUAAGGUGUCUAACACAGGUGGAGGAGGCCAUGUACAGUUGCUCCGCCGGGCCUUCGCUCAGCUGACCUACCGCUCCCUCUGUCCUCCUGAAGAUCUGGCUGACAGGGGUCUUCUUGAAAUCCCGAGUGCUCUCUAUGCCCAAGAUGCUUUGCGGCUCUGGGACACCAUUGCCCGGUAUGUGGAAGGGAUUGUUCAUCUAUUCUACGAAGGGGAUGAUGCUGUGAGAGGAGACCCUGAGCUGCAGGCCUGGUGUCGGGAGAUCACUGAAGUAGGGCUAUGCCAAGCACAAGACCGAGGUAAGACCUCUCUUCCCAGAGACAAUUCUCAGCUCUGCCCUUCUGGGAACACAAACCAACCCUUCAUCACACAUGCCUCUUUCACAUUACAAGCAUCCGACCCCUAUAGUACCAACCAGGGCCAGCUGGACUGGUGCUCCUGGGUCCCCAAUGCCCCAUGCACAAUGCGGAUGCCCCCACCCACUACCAAGGAAGACGUAACCAUGGCCACCAUAAUGGGCUCACUACCUGAUGUCCAGAAAUCCUGUAUUGAAAUGACUAUCCUAUGGCAUCUGGGUCGCCGUCAGCCAGACAUGAUCCCUCUGGGGCAUCACAAAGAAAAGUAUUUCACCAAUCCCAAACCCAAGGCUAUACUAUGUCAAUUCCAAUCAGAUCUGGAAAUCUUGGAAAGGGAGAUUGAAGCCAGAAAUGAACAACUUGACCUUCCCUAUGACUAUCUGAAGCCCAGCAACAUAGAAAACAGUAUCACCAUCUGA